ACAGCUAAGUAUCUUCCUUUCUAAAUGUUUAAGCAAUUGUCUAGUUUAUUUGGCAUAUUUUAUAAAUCAAAUAAAGUGUGAAAACAAUUGUUUUAUAUUACUUUCGAAACAGUAUGACAUUUCUAACGCAAGUCGGUGUAUUGUGUCUUUUAUUGUGGAAUAUGACCGAAGAAAUUAUUGGCACAGAGAAGUGUCUAAAGAAUGACUUUUCUUGUGGUGAUGGAAGGUGUAUCCGCUUUGAGUGGAGAUGUGACGGUGUUGUAAAUUGCUGGAAUGGAACUGACGAACAGAAUUGUACAAAAGUAUGUACGCAUGGUCAAUUCAGAUGUGAUAAUAAAACCAAGUGUAUUCCUAGCACAUGGCAAUGUGAUGGUGAAGUGGAUUGUGUUGAUCAUACAGAUGAAAGUAAUUGUACAAAAGUCUGCACAUCAACAGAAUUUGAGUGUCUCAUGAAUUGGGAAUGCAUUCCUUUGUCCUGGAAAUGUGAUAAUGACCCGGACUGUACAGAUGGCUCGGAUGAAGGCGACAACUGUCAUGACAUAUGCAGAAAUGACCAGUAUAUGUGCGAAAACCAUGUUUGCAUAUCAAGUAGAAUGAAAUGUGAUGGGAAUACGGACUGCUUAGAAGGAUCUGAUGAAAAGGAUUGUCAAGAAAUUGUUGGCACAGAAAUAUGUUCAAAUAAUGACUUUUCUUGUGGGGAUGGUUAUUGUAUCAGCAAUGAUUCAAUAUGUGACGGUGACAUAGAUUGCUUGAAUAGCGCUGACGAACAAAAUUGUCCGAAGCAAAUAUGUGCAAGUAAUGAAUUCAGAUGUGAUAAUGAAACCAGAUGUAUUGACAUCUUAUGGAAAUGUGAUGGUGACUUAGAUUGUGUUGAUCAUACAGAUGAAAGUAUCAAUUGUACAAACAUUACAAACAUUAAUAAAGUCUGCACAUCAACAGAAUUUAAGUGUCUCACGUCCGAGGAAUGCAUUCCUUUAUCCUGGAAGUGUGAUAAUGAAACGGAAUGUACAGAUGGCUCGGAUGAAGGCGAACACUGUCAUGACAUAUGCGGAGAUGGCCAGUAUAUGUGUGAAAACCAUGUUUGCAUAUCAAGUAGUUUGAAAUGUGAUGGGAAUAAGGACUGCUUAGAAGGGUCUGAUGAAAAUGAUUGUCAAAUGACAACUUUAUCAUCUUACCCUGAGCCAAGCUCUAGUACAAGCACUAUCAAGUUUAUUGAGAACAAAGUUGAUACCAAAUACUAUAGCAGAUAUAGCACCGAUAUGCUUGCAGAUCCUGUCGCCAAAAUGACAACUUUAUCGUCAGGCUCUGACCCAAGCUCUAGUACAAGCAAGUUUAUCGAGGCCAAAGUGGACAAAGACAACAAACGGAUAUUCAUCCUGGUUGUGUUACUCUCAGUUGGUGGUAGUGUCAUCGUGAUUAGUUCGGUCGCUGCUGUUAUUUGUAUAAUAAAGUUAGUUAAUGUUAAAUUACUUUCAUCUCUAUAACUGUUAUUCUUUUCAUUUAUAGUAAUUUCAUCAAUAAAAGGAUUGCGAGUUUGUUUGGGUAUUUUUUUAUUUUGCAUUGAAAUAAUGUUCAAGCAUUUCUGUAUUGUAUAAAGCAUGAGUGACAUUUCUUUGUUGCUG